AUGUCUAAAGAGGUUAAUGUGUGUAAAUGUCAUGUAAAAUGUGUUCCAUCUUAAUUGGAUUGCGUGACUGACUCUGAAGCAUUGGUGUCAUUUACUGUUUAUUUUUUGGGGGUGUGUGGAUGAGUUGAAGUGCUCUUUUGAGUGUAUUGGAGGCUAUUAAAGCUAUCUGUUUUUAAAGCAUUGUGUUGUGUACCUUGCAGGUCGUCAAAAGGAUAUUCUACAAUGUCAACAGGUCAUGGACAGGCAGGAUCAGCUGUUCAGAGCUCAGGAAAAGCAGCUUUCUCCAAGUAGGAAGGAAGAUCUGAGGUGGAAUGGAUAAUUUGUCCCAUCAACAGUAGUGCUGUAAGUCAGAUGAGGAUGGACCCACCCUCAGUUUGGAGUCUGGUUCCUCCCAUGGUUUCUUCCCAUCAAGGGAGGUUUUCCUCGUCACUGUAUAGUGAAAAGUGCUAAAUAAGUCACCAUUAAUUGAUUGGUUAAUUGAUUGUUUGGCUGGUUGGUUGACUGGCUAGUUGGUUGAUGAAUUGAUUGGUCCAACAGAACGUGUCCCUGCUAGAGCAGGAGGAGGACGUGAACCAGCUGACAGAGUUCUUCUCGUAUGAACAUUUCUAUGUCAUCUACUGCAAGUUCUCGGAGCUCGACAAAGACCAUGACCUCUACAUAGACCAGAGAGACCUGGCUCGACACAACGACCAAGGUACGCGCGCACGAGCAGACAUACACACAAAGAAUGACCAAGGCACCCCUCAAGUCCAAGUGGAGUCCAAGUGCUUUCGCUCAAGCCACACACACCCCUCCAUAUCUUCCUGGUUGUGAAAGAAAUGGGAUCGAAGAUCAAUUGGAGCAAUAGGCGUAACUUCUCCACCCACUCCCCUAAUUAAUAUCCUGGUUGAAUUGAAUGACGUCAUGUCUGGCUCCAUUUACUAGUCCUGUAGAUCUCCCCUACAAGCAGAAAUUACUGUAUUUAUGGUAUGGAAAUCAUUCACUUUACUUCCCAAUGAGCUCGAUUUAUGUCGUGUGACUGUGGAUCAUGUCUCCUCUAAAGUCUAUGGCAUUUUUUCACUACCUUGACAUUUUGGCUUCUAUAGGCAUUUCUGUAAUAGGCACCAUCAAGUAUUUUAUGUCUAUGGAUUCAGCACACUGUCAGCUACAAUAAAUAUAAUGUCAACAACAAAAAAACAUUGAGACACUUAUAUGAGUGAUAAUGUGCCAUGAAGGCUAAAAAAUAUGUAAAAAAGCAUGUUGAUUGUGGUUCUUCCAGGUCUUGAGAAUAACUGUACCAGUGUUUGGGGGCACAAAUAUCAAUGAAACAAGCAACUAUUUGGGACUACUGCCCACAUCCGUUUUCAACAGAACAUAAGCCCAAUCACACAGAAUGCCCAUGUCUGUCCUUCACAUGUUUUGCCACAGGUGAAUGCCAUUCCGAAUUUCACAGAGGGUCACCCCAGUGAUCCCACACUCAUUGGUGGGACUAGUUCCUCAUCUACUGGCCUACAUGUGCAUUGCACCUUAGGGAAAUACUUAAGCAAUAAGGCCCGAGGAAGUGUGGUAUAUGGCCAAUAUACCAUGGCUAAGGGCUGUUCUUAAGCAUGACGCAACUCGAAGUGCCUGGAUACAGCCAUUAGCCAUGGAAUAUUGGCCAUAUACCACAAACCCCCGAGGUGCCUUAAUGCUAUUAUAAACAGGUUACCAAUGUAAUUAGAACAGUAAAAAAUAUUUGUUUUUGUCAGACCAGUGGUAUACGGUCUGAUAUACCACAGCUUUCAGCCAAUCACCAUUCAGGGAUCAAACCACCCAUUUAAUAAUACUGUGUGGAUGUAUGUAUGUGCAAUUGAAUACAUUUUAUAAUAAGGCUGUAAUGUAACAAAAUGUGGAAAAUGUCAAGGGGUCUGAAUACUUUCCGAAUGCACUGUAUGUAUGUAUGUAUGUAUGUAUGUAUGUAUGUAUGUAUGUAUGUAUGUAUGUAUGUAUGUAUGUAUGUAUGUAUGUAUGUAUGUAUGUAUGUAUGUAUGUAUGUAUGUAUGUAUGUAUGUAUGUAUGUAUGUAUGUAUGUACAGUGCAUUUGGAAAGUAUUCAGCCCCCUUGACUUUUUCCACAUUUUGUUACAUUACAGCCUUAUUGUAAGGGAUCGGGGGUUGGCUGGAUCUAGACAGAGUCUGACACUUCCCCGAUCUACAGAGAGGGGGAGUCAUCAGACUCGAUCUGGUUCACCUGAGUUCUGAGCACACCUGUCAGUAAUUAGUGUAGGAUUUAAGGUGUGCUCAGAAGCUCAGUCGGCGCAAGGUAUUGUUCCUUUGUGACUUGCUAAGCGUUUUGUUCCGAGAGAGAGAGAGAGUUUGUUGUUUUUGAUUACCCGUGUAUCCGACCUGUGCCUUGUUGUUUGACUCCCCGAAUUGCUUAAUCCUCUGCUUGUCUACCCCAGUGAUUACCGUCCUCUGAUCCUGUGCCUGUGCCCUCGACUACGACUAAGCCCGCUCCAUUGGUACCUCUGCCUGUCUAUGCCUGGCCCGGUUUUGACCACAGCCCGCCCGACCACGAUUAAGCUAUUCCCUUGUCUGUACUCUAAUAAAGCAUCGCUAUUCUGCGAUUGGAUCUUACCACUCUGUCCGAGUAUUCAUUACACUUAUUAUAAAAUGGAUUUCAUUUUUUUCCAGUCAUCUACACACAAUACCCCAUACUGAACAGGUUUUUAGAAAUAUUUGCAAAUGUAUUAAAAAUAAAAAAUAUACCUUAUUUACAUAAGUAUUCAGACAGUUUGCUUUGCGACUCGAAAUUCAGCUCGGGUGCAUCCUGUUUCCAUUGAUCAUCCUUGAGAUGCCAAACUGAGCAAUCGGGGGAGAAGGGCCUUGGUCAGGGAGGUGACCAAGAACCCGAUGGUCACUCUGACAGAGCUCCAGAGUUCCUCUGUGGAGAUGGGAGAACCUUCCAGAAGGACAACCAUCUCUGCAGCACUCCACCAAUUUAGGUCUUCAUGGUAAAGUGGCCAGACGGAAGCCACUCCUCAGUAAAAGGCACAUGACAGCCCGCUUGGAAUUUGCCAAAAGGCACCUAAAUGACUCUCAGACCAUGAGAAACAAGAUUCUCUGGUCUGAUGAAACCAAGAUUGAACUCUUUGGCCUGAAUGCCAAGCGCCACGUCUGAAGUAAACCUGGCACCAUCCCUACGGUGAAGCACGGUGGUGGCAGCAUCAUGCUGUGGGGAUGUUUUUCAGCGGUAAGGACUGGGAGACUCGGGAUCGAGGGAAAGAUAAACAGAGCAAAGUACAGAGAGAUCCUUGAUGAAAACCUGCUCCAGAGCACUCAGGACCUCAGACUGGGGCGAAGGUUCACAUUCCAACAGGACAACGACCCUAAGCACACAGCCAAGACAACGCAGGAGUGGCUUCGGGACAAGUCUCUGAAUGUCCUUGAGUGGCCUUGCCAGAGCCCGGACUUGAACUCGAUCUAACAUCUCUGAAGAGACCUGAAAAUAGCUGUGCAGCGACGCUCCACAUCCAACCCGACAGAGCUUGAGAGGAUCUGCAGAGAAGAAUGGGAGAAACACACCAAAUACAGGUGUGCCAAGCUUGUAGCGUCAUACUCAAGAAGACUCAAGGCUGUAAUCGCUGCCAAAGGUGCUUCAACAAAGUACUGAGUAAAGGGUCUGAAUACUUAUGUAAAUGUUUUAUUUCAGUUUUAUUUGUCUAAAAACCUGUUUUUGCUUUGUCAUUAUGUGGUAUUGUGUGUAGACUGAAUAGGCUGUAAUGUAACAAAAUGUGGAAAAAGUCAAGGGGUCUGAAUACUUUCCGAAUGCACUGUAUGUAUAUAUAUUAACAAAAAACUACAUUUUAAGUGAGAAUAGGCAUUGGUCUGAAGCCGAAAAAUAAAGCAAAUUCACAUGAGCACCAUAAUGCCUAUUCCACCCAUGCUCUACCAAGGUUUUCCAGUACACAGCUUUGACCUACUACAGUAGCUGUGUUGGUAUUGUACUUCAAACUAUGUGUAGGCAGGUUGCUUGGGAUCCAAACCUUCUUAAACAGUCUAAUUCAUGUGAUUUGUACCGCAUGCAAGGUAAAGUAUUGGAUUCUUCACACACCACAGUAAGACAUUAUCCCGUUACGCUACAUUUUCAUGCUUUUUUUAUUAAAUGAAUGCAAGCUUUGCUUUCAUACUUACAAGGCCAUUAGGCUUGUUUGAGCAGUUUUGUUUUGUAAUAAUGUGGUGCAUGGACUUGGUAUUUUACCAAAUAAGGCAAUAUUCUGUAUACCACCCCUACCUUGUCACAACACAUAAUCUCAAAUCUCAAAUAUAUUUUGAUUUGUUUAACACUUUUUUUGUUACUACAUGAUUCCAUAUGUGUUAUUUCAUAGUGCUAUGUCUUCACUAUUAUUCUACAUUGAAUGAGUAGGUGUGUCCAAACUUUUGACUGGUAGUGUAUAUAUGCAGAGUUUGUUGUAUAUGAAAUGUCAAUGAAAUGGAAAAAAAGGGUCCUGUACCAUCUCUUAGUCUUGCGGUACACAGAGUAAUACUGUAGUGUCCAUCCACCUGGUAAAGAGGAGGUUGCCAUAUCUGAUCCACCUCAGUGGGGUGGUUGGUUGGUCUGGCUCAUCUUAUCUUCUUGUCUAAAAUAAAAUUAGUUUUACAUGUACAUUUUUUUGCCAUAUUUAAAAGCAGAAAAUCCUUCAUUACCAACAUUCAUACUUUUCCCCCACUAAAUUAUCUACCCUUCCCCAUUUAGCUCAGUGGAGGUGUGUAAGGGGAGAAUUUUAAAGCCUGCCCUGUGCUAUUGUUAUGUUGUAGUGGUAGGGGGUUGGGGAAAGUUAUGUGCUGUGAAAAUAUUACAUUGUUUAUUUUCUGUGCUAUAGCCUAUCAUGAUGUAGUCUAUUUCAAUAGAACAUAAACCCUGUAUCACCAAAUGUGUAUAUUUUCAUUACAUUAAAUAAUAACGGCAUAUCCAGUAAUGUUAUUUUAGACUUCGCUACUCCCGUAUCGUAUCAACAAAGUAAAUAGACAGCGACUUUCCCAUUACGCUAUCAAAACAGUAAAAUAAUAAAAUGCCUUGGACGUUACCGUUAUCAACACAGUAAACAGUAAAUGUUUUCUAAUAAACCAAAUAGGAAAUCAUCUCCCAGAUAUCACUAUUUCUAAAACAAGCCAUAGAACGUUGGUUGAAAUUUCAAUUUAAUGCUCCAGAAACGACAGAACAAAUAAUGCAACAAAUAUUGUGGUUAAACUCAAAUAUACUAAUUGACAGAAAAACUUUUAAAAAGGUAUAAUAAAGGUAUAAUCUUCGUAAAUUAUAUCAUCGGUAGGACUGAUGGAGUUAUGUCGCACGUGCAGCUAACAAAAACAUAUGGAAAUGUCUGCUCUACCCAAAAUUACAACCAAAUAAUUGCAGCCUUACCGCAAAAAUGGAAGAGGAAAGUGGAAGGAGGAGAAAGUAAGGCACUUGUCUGUCGGCCUUGCAUUAAAGAACAUAAUUGGUUAAGGAAAACUGUGAUAAAUAAAAAGGUAUAUCAGUUUCAUUUAAGGACCAAAGGAUUGACAGCCGUCCCAUAUAGAUUGCAAAAUAGUUGGGAAGAGAUUUUCGACGUACCGAUCCCAUGGCAUAGUGUUUAUGAACUGAUACGCAAAACAACACCGGAUUCAAAACUUAGAAUCUUUCAAAUUAAAUUAUUAUAUAAAAUUCUUGCUACCAAUAUAAUGUUAUUUAUAUGGGGGAUACAAUCUCCCAGCUCUGCAGAUUUUGCUGCGAAGAGACAGAAUCAUUAGAUCAUUUGUUUUGGUACUGUCCAUUUGUAGCUUGUUUUUGGACACAGUUCCAGGAAUGGCUAAAGGAUUGCAAUAUUUACCUGGAGCUAACCCUGCAGAUAGCAUUACUGGGUGAUCUGAAAAGUCAUAGUCAAUCGAUCAAUAACAUAAUAAUACUAUUAGCAAAAAUGUUUAUUUUCAAUUCACAAUCUGUAGAAACAAUGAGAAUAGAAAGGUUCAGAACUUUUGUAAGACAUCACAGUACAGUUGAAAUAUAUAUGGCAAAUAGAAAUCCUAUAUGGAUGGUGUUAAAAGAUAGAUGGGAGGUGUUGAAUGGAAUUGAAGGAUGGGACUAAUAACAACUAACAACAAACAAUAACAAGAUAACUAAUAAUGUCGGCACGCUGUGUCCAUAAUAAGUGUAUUAGUUGUAGGUUGGGAGCUUUUGUGAAGGAGCACAGUUAGAAAGAUAUGGCAUAUACAGUGGGGAGAAAAAGUAUUUUAUACACUGCCGAUUUUGCAGUAGAGGCAUGUAGAGGUCUGUAAUUUUUAUCAUAGGUACACUUCAACUGUGAGAGACGGAAUCUAAAACAAAAAUCCAGAAAAUCACAUUGUAUGAUUUUUAAGUAAUUAAUUUGCAUUUUAUUGUAUGACAUAAGUAUUUGAUCACCUACCAACCAGUAAGAAUUCCGGCUCUCACAGACCUGUUCGUUUUUCUUUAAGAAGCCCUCCUGUUCUCCACUCAUUACCUGUAUUAACUGCACCUGUUUGAACUCGUUACCUCUAUAAAAGACACCGGUCCACACACUCAAUCAAACAGACUCCAACCUCUCCACAAUGGCCAAGACCAGAGAGCUGUGUAAGGACAUCAGGGAUAAAAUUGUAGACCUGCACAAGGCUGGGAUGGGCUACAGGACAAUAGGCAAGCAGCUUGGUGAGAAGGCAACAACUGUUGGCGCAAUUAUUAGAAAAUGGAAGAAGCUCAAGAUGACGGUCAAUCACCCUUGGUCUGGGGCUCCAUGCAAGAUAUCACCUCGUGGGGCAUCAAUGAUCAUGAGGAAGGUGAGGGAUCAGCCCAGAACUACACGGCAGGACCUGGUCAAUGACCUGCAGAGAGCUGGGACCACAGUCUCAAACAAAACCAUUAGUAACACACUACGCCGUCAUGGAUUAAAAUCCUGCAGCGCAUGCAUGGUCCCCCUGCUCAAGCCAGCGCAUGUCCAGGCCCGUCUGAAGUUUGCCAAUGACCAUCUGGAUGAUCCAGAGGAGGAAUGGGAGAAGGUCAUGUGGUCUAAUGAGACAAAAAUAUAGCUUUUUGGUCUAAACUCCAUUCGCCGUGUUUGGAGGAAGAAGAAGGAUGAGUACAACCCCAAGAACACCAUCCCAACCGUGAAGCAUGGAGGUGGAAAGGGGACAGGACGACUGCACUGUAUUGAGGGGAGGAUGGAUGGGGCCAUGUAUCGCGAGAUCUUGGCCAACAACCUCCUUCCCUCAGUAAGAGCAUUGAAGAUGGAUCGUGGCUGGGUCUUCCAGCAUGACAACGACCCAAAACACACAGCCAGGGCAACUAAGGUGUGGCUCCGUAAGAAGCAUCUCAAGGUCCUGGAGUGGCCUAGCCAGUCUCCAGACCUGAACCCAAUAGAAAAUCUUUGCAGUGAGCUGAAAGUCCGUGUUGCCCAGCGACAGCCCCGAAACCUGAAGGAUCUGGAGAAGGUCUGUAUGGAGGAGUGGGCCAAAAUCCCUGCUGCAGUGUGUGCAAACCUGGUCAAGACCUACAGGAAACGUAUGAUCUCUGUAAUUGCAAACAAAGGUUUCUGUACCAAAUAUUAAGUUCUGCUUUUCUGAUGUAUCAAAUACUUAUGUCAUGCAAUAAAAUGCAAAUUAAUUACUUAAAAAUCAUACAAUGUGAUUUUCUAGAUUUUUGUUUUAGAUUCCGUCUCUCACAGUUGAAGUGUACCUAUGAUACAAAUUACAGACCUCUACAUGCUUUGUAAGUAGGAAAACCUGCAAAAUCGGCAGUGUAUCAAAUACUUGUUCUCCCCACUGUAUAUGUAUAUGUAUAUGUAUGUAUGUGUGUAUGUAUGAAUAUAUAUAUAUAUAUAUAAACAAACAUGGGGGAUUGGAAGUGAUGCAGACAAUUACAUUGAUGGAAGUGACAAUCUAUCUGCAAUAUUAAGCUGAUCUACCCCCCCAAAAAAAUAUUUUAAAAAUGUAAUAAUAUUAAUAAAAAAAUAUAAUAAUAAAAAUAGACAAUGUGUUAUCACACAGAAUAUAUUUCCAAAGAAUAUCACAGUCUGUAUAUAUCGAGAUAAGAUUGACUACCAUCCAUUGAUGUGUCCAGGGAAAUCCAGAUAAGCUGGAAGUUUGCCAUCACCUUACGUAUAACUAGACAAGCCAUAUACCGUGUUAUUCAGCAGAAUGUCAGCUUUCAUUAAAAAAAUAUAUAUGUUUACCAUUCAGAUUUUAUUAAUAUAAACUAUGCAUGUUUGGCGCACGGGUGCGUCAAUCGACUUCAGGGGUUUCUAGAAUGAAGACCAUGUACAGUAACUCACAUCACAUUAUCUUACUAAGGUUGUAAAAGUUAUUUAUCUUGUAUGUUUUCCAGCCAUCUCCCACAAAAUGAUUGAAAUAAUAUUUUCUGGGACAGUUACCAGGUAAGAAACAUGGACUAAAGUGUUUUGUUUUUUCACUACUUUCACUGAGUUGAGGUUGGCUUGAGCCCUCUGUGUGUUUCUUCUAAUAUUGUAUCUACUUUUGUCUAAAGCUCUGUGUAAAUAUUGCUAUUUGCUAGAUAUGGCAAAUAAAGCUUGAUUAAAUUGAAAUAGAACUGAAUGUGAAGUAAGAGAGUGGUGUUUGAGUGUCCUUACCUCUCCUUCCAAGGAUAAACGUCUACUUAAAGAUGGCAGACUGAGCUACGCUGACUUUGUCUGGUUCCUCUGGUUCCUGACACCAGGUACUAUACACAUGAACACCAGUUUCACAUUGGAACCGUCUCAUAUAAAAAAUAUUGCUUUUGUAUAGAAUUUUUGUAACAGUCUCUUUUCCUGUAUAGAGUAGUAAUUUGUGUGUUGGUGUCACCACUGGUGUAUUUAACCCAUCACUCUUUCUCUCUCCCUCCACAGUAUAGAAUACUGGUUCAGGUGUAUGGACCUGGAUGGGGACGGUGUGUUGUCUAUGUAUGAGCUGGAGUAUUUCUAUGAGGAGCAGUGUGUGAAGCUGGAGACCAUGGCAAUCGAGCCCCUGCCCUUCGAGGACUGUCUCUGUCAGAUGCUGGAUCUCGUCAAGCCGGAGGUCGAAGGUCAGACACCUUAAACAGACAUGAACAACUUGUUCCGUAGUGACAAAGGAGAUUAGGGUUUUAUUUUAUUUAUUUGACAGCACAGUCAGAAAUUAGACCGACAAAGAUACAUGUAGAGGGACAGACGGAUGAGAAUGGCUGAGACAGGAUUCAUUGUCAUGUUGUCAGGGGUAAACGUGGUCCGAAAAUAAAUGCUAGCCCACAGUUUGAUGCUACUAGUAGCUGUUAGUUCCAGUGCAAAGAAUUUUUAGACCAAAGCUAAUUUCCUAACGCCUACUCAGGUAAAAAAAUACAUGUCACAAUCGAACAUAUUUGUGGUCUGUUUGAUUUAGUUUGGGACUAAAAUGGCUCUACAAUAUUGGUUCCAAUAUACCAGGUAAACUAAAUCAAGCUCAGCUCAGGUAAUUUACAUGUUUAUUUGACCUACAGUGGCUUGCGAAAGUAUUCACCCCCCUUGGCAUUUUUCCUAUUUUGUUGCCUUACAACCUGGAAUUAAAAUGGAUUUUUGGGGGGGUUGUAUCAUUUGAUUUACACAACAUGCCUACCACUUUGAAGAUGCAAAAUAUUUUUUUUUGUGAAACAAACAAGAAAUAAGAAAAGAAAAAAAAGAAAACUUGGGCGUGCAUAACUAUUGGCGAACACCAAAUGUGUUUGCUUAUUUUUUUCUUUAAGCAAUGGCUUUUUUCUGGCCACUCUUCCGUAAAGCCCAGCUCUGUGGAGUGUACGGCUUAAAGUGGUCCUAUGGACAUAUACUCCAAUCUCCGCUGUGGAGCUUUGCAGCUCCUUCAGGGUUAUCUUUGGUAUUUUUGUUGCCUCUUUGAUUAAUGCCCUCCUUGCCUGGUCCGUGAGUUUUGGUGGGCGGCCCUCUCUUGGCAGGUUUGUUGUGGUGCCAUAUUCUUUCAAUUUUUUAAUAAUGGAUUUAAAUGGUGCUCCAUGGGAUGUUCAAAGUUUCUGAUAUUUUUUGAUAACCCAACCUUGAUCUGUACAUCUCCACAACUUUGGCCCUGACCUGUUUGGAGAGCUCCUGGGUCUUCAUGGUGCCGCUUGCUUGGUGGUGCCCCUUCCUUAGUGGUGUUGCAGACUCUGGGGCCUUUCAGAACAGGUGUAUAUAUACUGAGAUCAUGUGACAGAUCAUGUGACACUUAGAUUGCACACAGGUGGACUUUAUUUAACUAAUUAUGUAACUUCUGAAGGUAAUUGGUUGCACCAGAUCUUAUUUAGGGGCUUCAUAGCAAAGGGGGUGAAUACAUAUGCACGCACCACUUUUCCGUUAUUUAUUUUGUAGAAUUUUUUUUAUUUCAUUUCACCAAUUUGGACUAUUUUGUGUAUGUCCACUACAUGAAAUCCAAAUAAAAAUCAAUUUAAAUUACAGGUUGUAAUGCAACAAAAUGGGAAAUAUGCCAAGGGGAUGAAUACUUUUGCAAGGCACUGUAGGUCUGGGAGCACCACUAAACCUUGAAAAGCAGCUGCUAUUGGAUAUGUUUGGGAUUGAAUAUAAAAAAUAAGAUUUCCAUUCUUCUCCAGGAAAGAUCACCCUACGGGACCUGAAGCGGUGUAAGUUGUCCCACCUCUUCUAUGACACUUUCUUCAACAUCGAGAAGUACCUGGACCACGAGCAGAAAUACCCCUUUUCUGUUAUAAGGGUAACUAUUGACUACGACAGGAUAUUAUUAUUACCCCUGUGACAGGAUAUGAUCUCAUAAGGACAAUUGGUAAUGGAGUUUUGUUGUGUCUUUGUAAGGAGGCCGAAACAGAGUGGCAGGAGAUCUCGGACUGGGAGAAAUAUGCAGCGGAGGAAUACGAUAUCCUGGUGGCCGAGGUGAUUGCUACCGAUCCGUACAAUGACGGGUAAGACUGACUACACUCAAACAUUACAAUCAUAACCAUUUGCCACACAGAAUCGCAGAAUCCUCUCAUUGAUUUAAUGACCAAUCUCUCAUCAGUUUCUGUAGAGGAGAAAGUCAAUAGUUGAAUUCACAGUUUGUUAGGGCACCAACUCUCAGUCUGUGCUGUCCUAAAGGAUCAAUUGUGCUUUGACCUAUUCUGCAUCAGGAAUGCAUUAAGCCAGAGGUAGUGAGCUGUCAUUUUCCAUAAGUAUCUUUGUUAUAAGUUCUUAGAGCGUCACUGUAAAUGUUAUGUAUGGCAAGUAUUGCGAUGUAAUGGCUUGACUUCAGGAGGACUGCCAUAACUGCUGUGGUUGUGUAGAACAGGGGUUCCCAAACCUUUUCACUCAGGCCCCCUUCCAGCAUUGGGGAAUAUCCUGUGCACCCCCUGUGCGCCCUAUGGGCACAAGUACUGUUUAUGACACAAACUGUUCACACCCCUUUUGUUGGUGGAGAGAACAUUUAGCAGGUUUAAAGCUUAUUUCCUGCAAUUAAACACAUUUUGUCAUAGGGUGCAGAGAAAAGUUUGCAGUUUUAAAGUUAAUUUUCUUGAUAUUCUGUAGAUUUUACCAUGUCUAAUCUGUAUUCAUGUGAUAUUUGAGUGACUCAAACAUUACUACAAAAUCUAUGGACUAAAAAACCUAACUAAAAAACAUUAGCUGACAUGGGCCAGUUGAUCUGGACAUUUCUGACAAGUUAUAAAUAGCUUUCUAAAGUCUGCAAUGACUGACCUGACAAGAGGGAUACUGAUGAUGCACUACCCAAUUUCGAAAUUUCACCCUGUUCAUUCUACUAUUACAACUUUAUAAACAGUAUUAAUAUAUAUAUAUAUAUUAUUUUUUUUUAUGGGCGGGGGGACUCCUCGCCCAACAGUUUUGGAACCACUGGUGUAGAAUGAUGAUAGGGGGCCAGUGUGAGGGACAAGGCUGUUGACAGGCUGUUGUGUGGCGGUUUUAGGGACACCACAGACUUCUAAAGACAAGCUGGGUAGGAUGAGGGAGAGGCUGCUUUGCCUGGCCAGGUAAGAGACCAGGGUGUCUGUCUGUCGAGCCUCAGGGUGUAUGUAGACUCUCUCUCUCAGUCCUCCUUCACUCUCUCCCUGCUUGCUUAGUUCCAAUUCCACCCCUAGCCUCUAGGAACUGAAAGGAUUGGAUAGGUAGUAGUGGGUACCUGUGUGUGUAUAUAUGGUAAUAACUCUAAUAAUAAUAAUAAUAAUAAUAUGACAUUUAGCAGACACUUUUAUCCAAAGCGACUUACAGUCAUGCAUGCAUACAUUUUUUGUUGAUGUGACCCCACCUGUUUAUCUCUUGAAUUUUGAUAGCUCCUUCACGGAAUUGAUCCCUGCAUAUCUACUGUACCACUUUUCCCUAUCCCCACUUUUCCCUGUCUGUGUCAUAGGGACUAUAUUCCAAUGCAAUGCUUUGAUUUCACUAUGUUGAAAGAACUACUAAAGUAUACAAAUGUUGAACCCACCACCCCUUUUCGCCCACCCUUGCUCUCACGCUCUCACUGUCUCUGUCUGUAUAGGUAUGACAGUGCUCUGAGUCCCAUAGAGCAGCACAUGUCCAGUGAAUUGGGUCUGAGGACAGAGAAGAGAUGUUUCUUUGAGAUCCCCAACCCUCACUGCAACCUGGACCUGGAUGAGUACGAAUAUGAGGACGACUUUGAAUGA